AUGACCGGUGUGCAUGUUGACUCGGACGUGAUUCUAGACCAGCAGGUGCCCGUCAGCGCAAUGUACCUCCGCCCGGUGCAAGGAGAGAUCAUCAACAUCUACCACUCUUGCGAUCCACCAGGCACUCAAGUUCUCCGUCAUUUCAAGGUCAGCAAACACAAGAUCUCCCAUCUUUCACUCGAUCCCUACGCGACCUCUCCAUCGCUAGCUCUACUUCCGACCCCGGGUGGCAAGUUCAAGGCUGUCACACGAUGCGUCGAGGCACGUUGCGAGAAAUGCAGCAGCACACAUGUCUUCAAUGGCUUGACCCUGGCCGUUGCAAAGGCCCAUGGCAUCACACGUGUCCCAAUUGCACCGAGUCCGAAAGCUGUAUCGGUCCAGGAGCGAUUAGCAGAUGCUGAGCUUCGAAGCAAGUGGAUCUUCCGCGACCUUGCGCCUCAUGAGUUGGUGAUUCGUCCUCUUCAACAGGCGGAUAUCCGACGCAUGGAAACGAUUGGCAAGGUUUCCAGCGUGCUGAAGUGGCUCAAGAAGGUGACGGUCGACUGCGAGGUGGCGAGCUCUGAGCCACUUAUCGAGGAGCUGACCAGCAAGGACCUCCCCAAGACAACACUGCCGGUUUCCGGCCUCGAGGGUAGUAAGAAGGCGUUGACUGUGGGUGGUGAUUGGCAGCAGCUCAAGAAGCAAUCCAGUACCGCAAUCAGCCAAAUCAAGCCACCUUCCGCCAAUCAGCUCACGCAAGAGACUCUUCUCCAACAACAGAAGUUUCUCCAGUCUCCUACUACCACACGCUCGUUGCUUGGAAAGCCUGUCACGUCUAGAACUCCAGCGCCGAGGAAGUCACAGCACUUUCGCAGAGAUGGACCACCAGCCACUGGCCCGCUCAUCGCUGAUGGUCUCGCUUACGCAUUUCCCACGCCAGAGCCGACGCCGCUCAUGGUCGGUAAUCCGCCGUACGCUUCUGACUACAUGCCAGCUUAUCACGAGGUCGGCCUUGCUGCGCCACAGUACGCCUAUACUGCGCAGCCUCCAUUUCGACCAGCAUUCCCGCCACCAAACCAGCUUUACGGAGCAAUGUCUUACGCCAACCCUGCAGGUUAUGGAUCCCCGUACUAUGCCAAUAUGCAGACGUGGUCAUCACUUCCGCAAGCUUACAGCGCCCAGUGGCCGACAAGCUAUCCGUCGCCAGCGGUGCGAACUCCUGGGGUGCCAAUGCAACUUAUGCAUGCCGCCGGUUUCGGUCAUAAGAGACCGCGAGAGGUAGGCACUUUCGAGACAGAGCAGGUCAAAAAGCGAGUCCAGUACUAG